GGCCCCCGCUCACUGAGUUUUUCCAGUGUAAAGUUCGCAAGAAAGUUUUUAAAUUUGGGAUUUAGGGCCUAAUAACGACUAAUCGAUAAUCAUGCGAGUUUAAAAUACGUUCAGUACGGGUAUAAAUCUUUACUAUCGUCAGAUGUCCCUAAAAAACAACACAUUUUGAGCAGAAAAGCGCAACCUACGACAAGGCCGAAGAUCUUUUUAACUUUUUUGCGUGUUGGAUUUUACAGAACUUAAAUGGGAAACACACCAAGUAGAUUUGCAUGGACCAAGUUUUUAAACGAUGUAACCAAACAAUAUUUGCUAUACAGGUUAUUGGGAUUGUUUUAAUCCGUGCAUUUUUAUGCAGUUUAGUGUGGAUCCCACACAAUCUACAAAUUAGUUUGCUAACUUGAUUGCUUUGCGUAAGCAUCAACUAGGCAAUUUAUUCAUCCAUUUGUUUUAUCUUUACUUAUACAUCUUUAUUCAUGAAAAUUAGCCUACAUAUUAAAAUCAAUUAAAAUAUAGUUGGUGCCAAGACCUUUGGUGAGCUUUUAUUUUAUGUAAGUAAUUUAUUACAAUAUCAUUGCACAAGCAAGUAAGCUUAUGGUUUUGUUACAAGGCUAACAAGCUUUAUGUUCAAUGCGUAUUUUGGCUAAUUACUUUGUCUUGGUAGUUUCUAUAUAUAUUUUUGUGUUAAUCCCACAAAUGAUAUAAAGGCAUGUGUAGUAAAAUUUGAUUACAAUUUUUUAACCUACUACAGUGUUAGGAUAUAUUCUUAAAAUUUGAAUGCAUUUACCAGUACGAGUACAAUCUAGAUAUGAAUAUGACUUCUGAACAGAACAUACUGUUGUGAACUUGUUAGAGCGGACCUUGACAGAAGUUGCCCCUUUAAGACUGGGGGUGCCUUGAAACCGAUGAGUUCCAUGUUUGUAUCUUGAAAUUGAGAGCAGAGCCGAACUCCAUGUUGUAACAAAGUUAUCAUCAAGAAACGUAACUUUUUCUUUUUAUUUAUAUUUAAUUUUCUUUGUUUUAUUAUCGCAAUGAAAGUAUAGAAAUCACAUUAAUUCCAGUGUCUACGCGCAUUAUGCAUUUACUCAACUGCUGGAAGUGUUAAGUUAUUUGUCACUUGGCGUAGAAUUUGAUCAAUUCAAACUUAGCAAGCGAUCCAUAUUAUUAGAAAAAUACUUUGUAAAGUGCUGUUUUACUGGAUUUACGGAUCUCAUGGACCUCCCGUCCUCGUCGAUAAUCACGCAAGUGACUAAGGACGAAGAGCCGAAUGCUCUUUUGCGAGAAAAAGGUGCUCCUGCACACAUUGUAUCUGCCUCCAAGAAGCCCCGUAAACGUGGCUUUUUCAACAGCCUCUUGUGCUGCCUGUGUCAUGACGAAGCAGAUCAGGUGCCUGUCAAUAACAACGCACCACUUCUGGUGGAAGAGAAUGGAACCAUCUCGAAGGUGCCGGCCAAGCCACUUCUUCCACAGAUAAAGUCUAAAGAUGUAGGAAAGAUCUGUGUAGUAAUUGAUCUGGAUGAAACACUAGUACACAGUUCAUUUAAGCCAGUGAACAAUGCAGAUUUUAUCAUUCCAGUGGAAAUUGAUGGGGCAGUACACCAGGUCUAUGUGUUGAAACGACCUCAUGUGGAUGAGUUCCUGAAAAGGAUGGGUGAAUUAUUUGAGUGCGUGUUGUUCACUGCAAGUUUAGCUAAGUAUGCGGACCCCGUCUCAGAUCUGCUGGAUAAAUGGGGUGCAUUCCGCUGCCGACUUUUUCGGGAAUCCUGCGUAUUCCAUCGUGGGAACUAUGUCAAGGACCUAAGUCGCCUGGGCAGGGACCUCAAUAAAGUCAUCAUUGUGGAUAACUCACCAGCGUCAUACAUCUUCCAUCCAGAUAAUGCUGUACCCGUAGCCUCCUGGUUUGAUGACAUGUCUGACACUGAGCUACUGGAUCUGAUCCCAUUCUUUGAGAGACUCAGUAAAGUGGAUGAUGUGUACGCUGUGCUCACACAGCAGAGGACUAGCAGCUAGCAUGAUCCAUGGGGCAGCUUUCACUAUGGGGCCAGGGGGGCUGGCGGCUUCAGAGCACCACCUCCCCGCUAACAGGAUCAGCUGCCAGCUUGGUCCUCAUCACCUACCCAGAAUUCCAUUUGCAGGAAGUUUGAUGGAGAAGGAAGCGCUGAUUGAAACUUGGUAUGGCUGAAUGUUGGAACUGUGAAGGACUGCUUUAUCACACACACAUUACAAAAAGAAAUUUAUUGAUUUUUUUUUAACACUUGAAUAUGUGUUAUUCCUCUUUUUGUAACUCUUUUUUUCACUUUAAAUGCAAGGUAGAGAAAGCCCUGUUGAAAUGACCAUGGUAAAAAAACAGUUCAUUAUCACUGAAUUUGGGACUUUUAUGAAUGACUGACUAGAUUUCAUCUUAUUAGAUUUUUGUGUCAAAUUUAUAAAACAGCUCUAACAUGUUGACAAAUGCACUCAUGUUUCACUAUCUUGACAUGAUCUAAAUCUGUCAGUUGUUCUGGAGUGAAUGGGUCUUUCUAUGAGGAAGUCAGUGAAGCAGAAUUUUUCCUCAGCCCUUAAUGAGAGCCAAGAGAGAUGUCUGUUCCACAGAUGGCAUAGCAGAAGCAGUGCUAUCAAUAUAAAAAUAUUUAUUGUAAUUUAAAGUUUCAUUGAAAGAUGGUGCAUGGCUUUUAUUUAUUAAUUAAUUUAUUUUUUCUCCCUGCCAACUACCUAAGUUGGUUAAGAUUGGCUAGGAAUAAGAGGUUGUAAGUGUGAAAAGCAAAUUAUGCCUAGUGAGCCAAAGAUCAAAUGGGAAUUUUAUAGAUUUUCAGUCUAAAUUAUUAGGUAAUGGACAUGUAUAAAAACUCCAAAGGAAUGUGGUGGUGUUGCUAGAGGCAUGUGUUGUCAGUGUUUGACUUUACUGUUCUACUUUAGUGUAUUCCUCAUAGGAAACUCCAUAUUGUGUCAAAGGUGUAUGCAUGCAUGUAUUACACAACAGUCACGUGAAACAUGAGGUGAUUUGCCAAUAUGUCCGUAUGAUCAUUAAACCCUCAUUUGCCUUAAUGAGGUUACCUCAUACACCCAGGUAGGGACAAAACCAAGAAUGUCAAUCACAUAAAAUAUUAUGCUGUCUGCUUUUUAAAAAUGUAGCCAACAUUUAAACAGGACUUAUAAAAGUGAUCUCCCCUUUUCCUCUUCCUGUUAUAGAUUUUUAAAUGGAAAAUUCUUGUCUUCGGCUACACAAUCAUAUUUGUAUUUCACAGAGCUAUGGCUGUAUGAAAGGGAAGGUGUCAUGGCACCUCAGCUACUGAGGAUGCUGUUUUCAGGCUAUUGGGUAAAACCAAGCUAAAGUAUCUUUUAAAAAAUUACACACCACAUGCUUUAAUUGUAUUCUGAAAGACCAAGGAAUAAUUGAGCCCUUGCAAUGAAAAAGCAUACAUGUCCAUUUAAUGUUUUUCCACAUUCUACAAAAUAUAAACAAUAUUAUAAAACAUUGCAAGUUUUAUGUUUAAAUGCCCAAAUGAAUGAAGUAAGACAAGUCUAAAUGAAUAAUAUUCAGCAUUUUAAUGUCAUUUUAAUGGAAAGGUACAAAAUCAAAGACUAAAAUAACUGAUUACAGAAAAGGGGGUAAUGGCUGACUAUAUUGGUUUUUUUUCCCAUUGCAAGAGCCCAAUUAUAGUAAUCCUUUUUUGUCACACAAUAUUAAAAGUGCUCAUCUUAUACUGUGCAGGUUUAUAUGAAUAACAGUAUGUUACUUGUGAGUUUACAUUGCUCACAUAAGUAAAGGAGCAUUCUGGAAUUCUGUUUGUUACCAGUGGAAGCUAUGUGCUCAGUUAUGUUUUCUCCAUUUUUGGGGUUAUUUUAGCAGAAGUAAGAACUCCCAUAGAUAACCAUUAAUGUGCCUUGGUGUUAGGUGUUUAGCUUUGCCAAUGAAUGUGGACCUACAAAUGUUUCUUAGCACGAUCAGAUGGACACAUUUGCAAGUGUCAGUGUUGCUGUGAUUUCUGUUGCUCAGAUGAGAUGUGAAGAUGGAAAGAGGAGAUGAUGAUGAUUCAGUUCUUUAUAACAUUGGUCUAUUUCUACAUUUGUCUAUUUCUUUUUUACAGGAAUGAUAGUGGUAUAACCAAUCAUCUUAUAAUAAUGAACAUUAUGCUGUGCCGAGAGAGAGAGAUUUGUUAUUCAUAAUAUUGGCCUAAAGGUUUGAGCAGUACUUCAUUUUGACAGGCAAAAUUGGUUUUCUCUUUUCAUCUUUUACUUGAACCUGGCAAUAUAUUUCCUUGUGUUAUUGUGAUAGCACUGAAUGUACAGUAAUGCAUAUUAUUUCAGUUAUUUUGGAAAUUGUUGGAGAUCCUUUCAAAUUACUCAAAUUUCUAAUAUAUCAAACUACUUUGGAAAUGUAAAAUGGUACUAAUUGGAAUACACAAAUUCUAGUUUUAAUAGAAGGCAAAGACAAAGGUAAACAGUACAGACAGUGCCUCUGACUACAGUUGCAGUAGUUUGAUAAUUUGGAGGUUUUCAUAAACUACUGUUUUAGCUGUAGUUUGUGGGAAUGUGAAGUCCUCAGUGCUAGAAAUGUUACACAAUUAUGCCUGAUUUAGUACAUAAUUUGAGGCCACGUCAAUCUGAGAAAUAUCUUACUGGUCUUCUUGUGCCACCAGUAAGCCUAGAGCAGAAUUGGCUCACCUUAUACCACAGUCAUGGUGAUGUUCACUUUGAAUAAUAAUUCUGUGCUUUUGUCAUUUCUUUGCAGUUCUUAGAAAUCGUAGAUAAUUUAAUCAUGCAUUUACCUUUUCUAACAGAUUAAUCCAAAAGUGAGUCUGUUUUUAAUCUGAACUGAAACAGAACAUAUUGAGUAACAGUCAGUUUCCUUCUUCCUGUGAUCUUGUUGCUCUCUUUUUGGGAGUCAUUUGCACCCCGCACCCUUUCAUUUAAUACCCUGCUCUUUGCUUUUCGCUCAUCUUUCUACAGGAUGCUGUUUGUGUGCUGAGGUCACUGUAAAAUGUAAUAAGUGUUGUCUGCUUUACCAGAUCACAGAGGUGGCCAGUUUCUAGUACAAUUCUAGCACUCGCACUGUCUUUUGGUAUGACACACAGCAUUUGGGUAAUGUGUAGCCAAUUAUGUAAAAUGACACUGGGCACAAGUAGCGAUUUAUUGUCAGCCACCACCAAAGCCUUCUAAGUCUGUUCAUCGGGGUAAUAAAGAUGGUAUCCGAUGACCUGAAUGCAAGAAGUUGGAAUGAGAGCAGUGAUCUGCACCAACUAGACUGGCCUCAUAAAAACACUUUAGAUCAAGCCUGUUGCUCAGUGGUGCUUUAUGAAUAGCACCGCUGAUCUUAGAUUUGUGCUUUAAUAGUGAGCAUAUGAUGCCUUAACUCAUGAAGUCUGUGGUUUUUAGGAGAAAGGGCUCCCCCUGGAGUCUAGUAAUGUUGCAGUGAUGCCUGACAUUUUCUGGCUUAUGCUCUAUUUGUGUAUUCAACCUGUCAUCUCUAGGGUCCAUAUUUAGGGUUCCUCUGCCUUAUAAUGAUGUUUUAUGAAGCACUAUGCAAAUUAAGUAGAUUUAUAAUUAAGCAAGGAGUAUUUAUGCCUGCAAUCAGCAUUCUGUUGCAGUGACUGUCAAACUUUCACAACAUAACUUCUCAACUCUGAAACGGCCAAUAGUUUCUAAUGCUGGAGAACAUGGACAACUAAAAUGCCCUCCCACUAACAUGCUAAAAUAUAUGCACCAUUUUUAUUAUACUCUUUGGUAGCAAACUUAAAAAAAAAAAAUUAUAGGGCUGCCACAAAGCCUCUUGGACAGUUGAUUGGGUUUUAGGUGUUUAUUUUGAGAUGUUCAACUAAAAGGGUAACAUGAUGUAGCCUUUUCAUUUAUUUACCACACAUACCCUCUGCCUUUUACUUUUUUACUGUAUCACCCCCUUUACAUUUUAAACAAACACAAAAAACCCACAUUUGUUCCAUAUUUGUAUGUCUGGUAAUGUGCAUAGAGCAAACCAAAUUUGGCAAUAAUAGAUGUAGAUUUUUAUUGUGAUAUGGGAAUAGGAAUGCCAAGUUUAAAGUCAAAUAUAACCUAGUUUUGGAACUUUUGUAAUUUUAAUUGUAUUUUACUGUUUUGAAUGAGUUAUAUCAUAAAUGAAACAAAUGAAAAGCA